AUGAAUGUAAGUUGCCAUUACCUUGUCUGCGUAACAUAUUAUACUUUUCUAAACUAAAUGAUGACAAUGUUGUUAGACUGGAGACGUUCUGUCAAUGAAGGAAGUCCUGAACUACUUCGUCAGAAUCCUGGCCUGGGGAGGAAACUUCUUGCUUAACAUCGGCCCAAACUCCCUCGGGAUCAUCGAUCCUCUCUUUGAAGAACGUCUCAGAGAUCUGGGGUCGUUCACCAACGCCAACGGUGAAGCCAUCUACGAGUCAAAACCAUGGAUUUACCAAAACGAAUCGGAUUACAUUUGGUAGGUUACUGUGUACUCCAUAAGACUGUUGUAGGAGCUGCGCGUAACGUCACAUUAACGUUGUCAACUUCAGGUAUACGAGUAAAACUACUGGAGUUGAACUUGACAAGAGCCGUGUCUACAAUCCCCAGCUUGAAGAAGCAACUACGGUAUACGCCUUCGUAACCAAAUUUGAAGAUAAAGUUGAGUUCAAACUUUCAAAACCUACUGAUAAGGUAAGGUAUUUUAAUUUGAAACAUUAACCUCAAGUGUGGUUAAACUGUACUCACAUAUACAAUCUCCCAAGAAUUAUCAUAUUAAUUACGUUGAUUAACCUAUGUUACCGUAAUGUCACCUAUAAUAAUCCUCGAUUACUACAGACCAAGAAUACAUUGCUCGGCAAGAACACAGCGUUAAAGUUCAAGUACGAGAACAACGUUCUUACUGUAUCUUUGCCAUCGUUCAGAAACCUUCCUCGCCUAGAUUGCAUCGUACUGAAGCUGGAGAACUUGCAGGCAGACAACGUAAGUAUAGAAACAAGUCUAACGUAA